UUGGCUGCUAUGCCUGACCAUACAGACAUUUCCCUUAGCCCCGAAGAGCGAGUCCGCGCCCUAAGCAAGCUUGGUUGUAAUAUCACAGUCAACGAAGAUAUCGCCCCACGCCGCUACUUUAGAUCUGGAGUAGAAAUGGAGAGAAUGGCCUCUGUGUAUUUGGAAGAAGGGAAUUUGGAAAAUGCCUUCGUUCUUUAUAAUAAGUUUAUAACCUUGUUUGUAGAAAAACUUCCGAGCCAUCGAGAUUACCAGCAAUGUGCAGUACCCGAGAAGCAGGACAUUAUGAAGAAACUGAAGGAGAUUGCAUUCCCAAGGACAGAUGAAUUGAAAAAGGACCUUUUAAAGAAAUAUAACAUAGAAUACCAAGAAUAUUUACAAAGCAAAAACAAAUAUAAAGCAGAAAUUCUUAAAAAGCUGGAGCAUCAGAGAUUGAUAGAGGCGGAGAGAAAGCGGAUUGCUCAGAUGCGCCAGCAGCAGCUGGAAUCCGAGCAGUUCCUGUUUUUCGAAGAUCAACUCAAGAAGCAAGAGUUAGCCCGAGGUCAGACGUCCAGCCAGGAAGCCCCAGCGUUGUCCGAGCAGAUUGAUGGCAGUGCUUUGUCCUGCUUUUCCACACAUCAGAACAACUCCUUGCUGAAUGUGUUUGUGGAGCAACCUAAUAAAAGUGAUGCAACCAAUUACACCAGCCACUCUCCUCCCGUAAACAGGGCCCUAAAGCCAGCUGCUACUCUAAGUGCUGUUCAGAAUUUAGUGGUUGAAGGACUGAGAUGCGUAGUCUUACCAAGAGAUCUUUGCCACAAAUUUCUGCUGCUGGCCGAGUCCAAUACAGUAAGAGGAAUAGAAACUUGUGGAAUUCUCUGUGGAAAACUGACACAUAAUGAAUUUACUAUUACCCAUGUAAUAGUGCCAAAGCAGUCUGCAGGACCAGACUACUGUGACAUGGAAAAUGUAGAAGAGUUAUUCAAUGUUCAGGAUCAACACGAUCUCCUCACACUAGGAUGGAUCCACACACAUCCCACCCAAACUGCGUUCCUAUCCAGCGUUGAUCUUCACACUCACUGUUCCUAUCAGCUCAUGUUGCCAGAGGCUAUUGCCAUUGUUUGUUCACCAAAGCAUAAGGACACUGGUAUCUUCAGGCUCACCAAUGCCGGCAUGCUUGAGGUUUCUGCGUGUAAAAAAAAGGGCUUUCAUCCACACACCAAGGACCCCAGGCUGUUCAGUAUAUGCAAACAUGUGUUGGUAAAAGAUGCAAAAAUAAUUGUGCUGGAUCUCAGGUGAUAUGUUCUGAAGAUUCACACCAUCAGCUCCAGACACCUACCUGUGGACAUUUGGUUGCUGGAUUUUCUUAAGAUGUUUCCAGAAGUGACUGAUAUUUUAUAUUUAUACAUUUUAGAUCAGAAAGUUUGAUAUUUAUUGCUCUUGCAUAUUUUGAAGUUUUCUUUUUGGUUGCUUUGUCUCAAGAGAGGUCAUAAAGUUGUUAAAUCAAUACCUAUUAAUAUACCCAAAUACUAUGGCCUGAUAAUAAAUUGUGCUGAAAAC